AUGGUUGCCUUCACUCAUCUGGCCGUUGCUAUCUGGUCAAUUGCUGGAACGCUUGCCGCUCCUGUCUCUGACCCUAACGGACCUGCAUCGCAGGAAGUUGACCUCGUGGGCCGCGCCGCGGGUAACGAUUCCCCUGACUUUGAGCUUGGAAACGACCACCUCGCCCGCCGCCAAGACUAUACCCAGAACUACAAGACUGGUGGUAAUGUAAAUUUCUCGCCUAGCUCGAAUGGUUACUCGGUCACAUUCUCUGGCGCUGGAGACUUCGUCGUUGGGAAGGGCUGGAAAACGGGGACGGAGAGGAACAUCACUUUCACUGGUUCCACCACCGCAUCGGCUGGCACCGUUCUCGUCUCCAUCUAUGGCUGGUCGAAGAACCCAUUAGUGGAGUAUUACAUCCAGGAAUACAGCAAUGGCGCUGGGGCCGCACAGGGUACCAAGCUUGGGACCUUGGAGAGUGAUGGGUCUACAUACGACAUCUGGAAGCACCAGCAAGUGGGCCAGCCAUCCAUUGUUGGAACGUCGACCUUUUGGCAGUACAUUUCGGUCCGGCGAGACAAGCGGCCGGGUGGCGGCACCGUCACGGUCGCCAACCAUUUCAAAGCCUGGGCUAACGCCGGCCUGAAAUUAGGCACGAUGGACUACCAGACCCUUGCGACGGAGGGAUGGGGUAAUGCUGGUGGUAAUUCCAAGUACACUCUCAGCGGUUAA